AUGUCUCAGCCCGACCCCGCUGACGUCGAUAAACCUUCGGACGCUGCCCCUUUACUCGAAGCUGAGGAGGGCGUAGGUCUCGAACACCGUCUCUCCGGUAGCACUCAGUGGCAAUCCAAUAUGAGCGUUCAAGACGCCGCCCAGCAUCAGACGCAGUUUGUGAAGGACAUGGAAGGGCAGUUCUCGAAUAGCGUCGACCCGGUCGAGUUCAUGGAUAAGUAUUUCCCGCUCAAGGAGGGCGACGACCCCAAGCCUCCGCGACGUGUUAAGUUCAGCGAGAACAUUAUUAACGAUGAGAAGGCGUGGGCCACAGCCGUCAACAAGAAGAAGUUGUGUCCCAGCCUGAAGUUCUUCUGUACGAAGGACGCGAAUUCGGGCUCUCCGUCCAUGGACGACGAGAAACGACGGCCCGAUAUCGCAGCGUUUCCAGUCAUGUCGAAGAAGGAGGAAACCGCUCUCAUCGCAAGCAACUACGAAGAGCUCUUCGCCCGCAGUCCCCUCAUCAUCGAGCGCAAGCGCAGCCUCCAAGAUGCCUUCCGCGAUAAACUCAACGAGUUCAUCGGCGUUGAGAAGGAGACUGCGGAAGCCGAAUUUGUGCGGGGACAACUCAUCACGUACGCCAUGAAUCAACACCACCAACAGCCUCGUACGGCGAGUUACCAAGUUCUCCUGAUCGAGAAGAACGCACGCAUUAUUCGCUUCGAUCGCGCUGGCGCCGUAUGCACCACGGCCUUCGACUGGACCGACGGCACCAUCUUUCCUGAGUUUCUCUCUCGCUUUCAUAACGCAGACCAGGCUACGCGUGGAUAUGAUACCACAGUCGAGCCCGCGGACGAGGCCGACAUUACCGCUGCGACGGACGCGUUCGCCAAGGCAGGCUACGGAAAGACGCAUGGCAUGCGGGGUCCUUUCUACAAGUACGCGGUCCCAGUCACGCGCAUUGACCCCUCUCUGCUCUCACCCGAAUCCGGGCCCUCAACUGCCUCUGCCGAUGAGCCCGACGACACGCCUGUUGAAAUGCGCUACUUCAUCGCUGGUUGUCCUAUCACCUGGUCUCGCUCGUUCACUGGCCGCGCGACAACCGGCUAUGUCUGCUACGACCUUGCGGAGAAUGACGUGUGCUUCAUGAAGGAUGCGUGGCGUAUCAAUGAUCCAAGCUUGCUCGCCGAGUACCAGGUGUAUGCUCUCCUCGGGCGAGAGAGGCCCGAUCUCGAUGAGGAUGCAAGGGGACCGGUCCCACAUGUGCCCCGGCUUCUCUGCGGUGGCGAUCUCCGGAAUCCGGGCGGUAGUUUACAGGAGACGCGCACGGAGGUAUUCAAGGAAGGCAAGAAGCAGACCGUACAGAAGUACACCCACUUCCGGAUGGUGGUGAAGGACAUCGGCAAGCCCCUCUCAUCUUUCAAGGACAUCCCAGAACUCUUGCACGUUCUGCGCGACAUUGUGAUUGCUCAUCAAUACGCUGUGAAGAGAGGCAUUUUACAUCGCGACAUCAGCGUCGGAAACAUUCUCAUCGGUCGCGACGCUGCUGGAAAGGCUUACGGUCUGCUCAUUGACUGGGAUCUUUGCUUUGUGCGCGACCAUGCGCAGACCGACGAACAACGGUGGAUCACGGGAACCUGGCAAUUCAUGUCAAUCGCCCUGCUGUCACGGCGCAAGGGCCACCGGCACAGCGAGAUGGACGACCUUGAGUCUGUUUUUUGGGUGCUCUGCUACUGUCUGGUACGCUACACGAACCUGUACAACGGCAGCGAUCGAUCAGCCGCUGGUCACCUGAACACCUUCUACGACCUCGCACAUCCCGGACCAUCCCAGCGUCAGGAUCGUCCCGAGACCAUGAUCGGUGGAGAGACAAAAGUUCCUCUGCUCACGGCAUUGGACGCAGGCGAGGAGAUUGCAUACUUGCCUGCGGAGAACAUGCCCGAGGCACUUUACAUCCUUCUGUCCGGUGUAGCCAAGUCGCUCUCUCGCUACCUGCAACAGCGGGACAUGCACCAGGCUGUUGCACGCUUCGAGGGGAAGACAUUCAAGAAAGGGUCGUAUGGCGCCACCCAGCUUGCGAGUGCCAAGCAAAAGGCUGACUUCGCCGACUCGUUGUACAACCAAUGGCCGAAGUUCUCGCACGAGUCGUUCUUGUCCUUCUUCACGGAUGCGAUCCAAGACCUAGAUGGACUCGAGCCAUCGGCCACCGUUCAUGGGUCGAUGGUAGUGUCCGACCGUCUCAAAGCCCAUCAGGAGGUUGUACGUCACCGGGAGAAAGCGGAGCAGGAUAGGGCUCGGUCGAUACGAAAGCAGAAACUGGCUGAUGCGAGGGCAGCGGAGAAGGCGGCAAAGGCGCACGCUAGCGGCGCAGAAACGCGUUCAGGGAGGAAGCGUGGGCGGGCGGAGGACAACACGGCGCCAUCUGGAAGCAAGCGCCGACGUGCGGAGAAUACAGGUUCUGGUUCUUCGUACCAGCUGCGCUCCUCGCGUCGCGAGCCCGCCGGAUCACCGGUGCCCGAGGGUGUGGAGCCUGAAGAGUAG